CCGGAAGUGAGGUAAGGCUGGGGCGGCCAGAGUGGCUGGCAAUGCCUCCCCUUCUGUAAGAGGGACCGGGAUCAUGGAGGCGGGUACCAUUCCUGAGAGUGGGUUGGAGAAAAGCCUGAUUUUAUCAGAAGCAGAUGGCGAUUCCAGCAGUGGCAUCUACACAUGCUUCAUGAAGUCUCAUCGCUGCUAUGACCUCAUCCCAACAAGUUCCAAGCUUGUUGUGUUUGACACUUCUCUUCAGGUAAAGAAAGCUUUCUUUGCAUUGGUGACCAAUGGUGUGCGGGCUGCUCCACUCUGGGAUAGCAAAACCCAAAGCUUUGUGGGAAUGCUCACCAUCACAGACUUCAUCAACAUCUUGCAUCGCUACUACAAAUCAGCCAUGGUGCAGAUCUAUGAGCUGGAGGAGCACAAGAUUGAAACAUGGCGAGAGGUCUACCUGCAGGACUCCUUCAAGCCACUAGUCUGCAUUUCGCCCAGUGCCAGCCUGUAUGACGCCGUUACAUCUUUGAUCCGGAACAAGAUCCAUCGACUUCCAGUCAUUGAUCCGGAUUCAGGCAACACACUAUACAUCCUGACGCACAAACGCAUCUUGAAGUUCCUCAAGCUCUUUAUUGCAGAGUUUCCUAAGCCAGAAUUUAUGUCCAAAACUCUGGAGGAGCUAAAGAUUGGCACCUACGAAAACAUUGCCAUGGUCCACACUGACACCCCUAUCUAUGUUGCACUGGGCAUUUUUGUACAACACCGAGUCUCUGCAUUGCCUGUGGUGGAUGAGUCAGGUCGGGUUGUGGAUAUUUAUUCCAAGUUUGAUGUCAUUAACCUGGCAGCAGAAAAAACGUACAACAAUCUGGAUGUGACAGUGACCAAGGCACUGCAGCAUCGCUCACACUAUUUUGAAGGUGUACUGAAGUGUUACAAGCAUGAGACUCUGGAGACAAUAAUCAACCGGCUGGUGGAAGCAGAGGUUCAUCGGCUGGUCGUGGUUGAUGAGAACAAUGUGGUGAAGGGUAUCGUGUCCCUCUCAGAUAUCCUGCAGGCCCUGGUCCUUCCUGGUGGUCAGAAGCCCUGACUGUAGAAGAGAUGAACCCUGUCAUAGGCUUGGAGCCUAGCACAGCUGUCCUUUCUGUUUCACUUUUUGGGCCAAUCAGUCACAGUGUGAGAGAGACUGUGCAGCCCAGUUACAAGGCAAGCCAAACUUCCCUUCACUUCUGGGACUAAUUCUUUUGGUCUUUCUUUCCCAUCAAAAUGGGCUGUAGGUCUUCUCCUUCUCCAUUUUGGUUGCAAAAGAGCCCUGAGGCCUGUGGUCACCUGGAGCUAAGUAGGUUUAUUUAGUGCCCAAGGUGCAGAUUCAAAACGGGGUGACUCUGGCUUUCCUUGAAUGGGGAGGGAGAUGGGACAGAUUUUCUAGAAGAUGUUGAAGGGAGUAUCUGUAGAAAGGACCACUUUUUAAAAAAAAUUAAAAUCCAGAAACACAACCUAAGAUACAGUGUUCGAAGGACAUCUGCUUUACAGCUCAAACAGAAAAAGAGGCACCUGUCAACUCUCAGUGCAGCGGAUCUGUGUGUUUACAUACCUCUCUGCCAGCUGUGUAUAUAUGAGUCAAAGUAUUUGUGAGCAAGUGAGAAAUCACCGUCCCAAUGCAGCUUCCACCAAAUACUCUUUUCCUUCACAGUCUCCUAGGUGGUUAUUUUACUUGUUAUGGUAGCCUUCCAGAAGGAUUGGUUGGUCUCCAGCUCCCAUAAUCCUAUAGUCAAUUCACAUCACCUGCCCUCUCUUUAUCAGCAGGCAAAGCCAUCAGCUCCCAAAUUUGAUCUUCUCAGAAGCUGAAUAUUGUUUUCAGGCUCAAUCUGAUGGAAUAAUGUUUUGACUGUCCAGAACACUUGACUUCGUGUUUAUCUUUGUAUGGUGGCAGGUAUCUUCUUUCUUUCCUUCCUUGAUCUGAGUUCUUUGCUUCAGUCCUGCCUGCCCACAAGCAGUAGGAGGAUUGUAGAGGGAUGUAGUCUGUUUGUGGCCUGGUGUCAGUAGGACGCAUUUGUCCAUAAAUACAUGGUUGUAUUUCAGAUAGAAAUAUGAGCACAUUCUCCCAAACUGCACAAUUAUAACAGUAUGACUCCACUUUAACUGCUGCAGAAACAUCCUAUGGAAUCCUGGAAUUUAUACUUUGAGUGAUGUACUAGAGCUCUCUGGCAAAGAAUUCUAAACACUUCAUGAAACUGCAGAUCCCAGAAUUCUGUGGGAUAGAGACAUGGCAGUUUAAAUAGUAUCAAAGUGGUGUAAUUGUGUAGCAUGAAAGAAAUCCUGGUUUGAGACUCAGCAUCUGGGUGUCCUUACUGAGCCAGAGGCAGAAGUAUAAUCUUGCCCUCACAAGAGUCUUUCUUGCCAUAAAUCCCACCUCUUUUGCCCAUGCCUACAACCCAUUCCCCAAUGUACAUUUUAGAACUUGUAUUUUUGUAAAGCCACAUUUCCUAUCUCUGAUGUUCCGUCCACACUCUUUUUUUGAUUGUGGGGCUGAAUCUUCAGGCUCUGCCUCACUUGAGUGUUUUUAAUUAUUUCACAUCCUUACAGGGAACCCUUCUAAGGCCCUUCCUUCUUUGUGGGGUCAAUUAACUACUUGUUUUAUUCAGAUUCUGUACUUAAUAAAAACAUUUUCACAUUU